AUGCUGUUCCUCUGGUAUAUAAACACGCACAAGAUUGUCCGUAUUCGACUUCGCUUGCAACUGAUGGCCUGCACCACUCUACUCCUCGGUGCUCUUGCGCUCGUGCCUGCCCUCACUGUCGCUCAGAACUGCCAGUGUGGCUACAAAGACUCGAACGGAAAUGUAUGGCGUGAGGCUAUCAUCUCCACCUUCACGCAGCCAGAGGGAGCACUCUCUGCAGUCCAAGCUAAUUGGAUGAUCUCCUCUUAUAACAACCCCCAGACAGCGCCUGCAACGGCAAGUAUCCAAUAUCUUAGUGCGAAUGUGAUGCAAUACAACGAUGCUUUGGGAUUGAAAGCUUCAGCGUACGACAAUAAUGGAUUCGUCCAAUCUGCUGAGAUCGCUACACAGAGAUCCGACAUUUUAUAUGGCACUUUCAGAAUUCGCGCACAAGUCCCGUCUGUGCCGGGCGCAGUCUUCGGAUUCUUCACAUACUUCAGCAAUUCUCAAGAACAAGACAUUGAAUUCCUUUCGGCGGAACCUAACUACUAUCAGCGUGUUCAUUACACCAAUCACCCCGGCCAAGAUCCUGGCGCCACUUUGGACGUCACGAUACCUGGCGCCGAUUUCACAACCUUUGGCAACCACCGAAUCGACUGGCUUCCGUCAAGAACUACAUAUUUAUACGACGGAUCGGGCUUAACGUCCACUAAGCAGCUCACUGUUAAUGUCCCAACUACGCCUUCCAGGCUCAUCCUAAACGUCUGGAGUAAUGGCGAUCCUGGCUGGUCCCAAGGUCCUCCGACUUCGGAUGCCAUAGCUACUGUGCAAUGGGUGCAUCUGUACUUCAAUUCUACCUCUCUUUCCGAGGCGGCCUUCAAUUCUGCAUGCACAAGUGCUGGGCGACCUGCCUCGUGCAGCGUAUAG